CUAUGGUCAUGGUGUUGAAGGUAUUAAAAACUUGGUUGCAUUAAACAUACAGAAUAGGAGUUCCGUCACUGCCCCCAUCCAAAACUUGGUUGCAUUAAACAUCUUUGUUGAGAUACUACAACAACAACACCAGCCACUUAAACUUGAUAAUAAAAAUGGCACUGCUACUACUACCGAUCCAAUCUUCGGUUCUUCUACACAAACCCUCAUUUCAUCUACCCUCCCAAGCUAAAACCAGAUUCGUUGUAAAAGCAACUGAAUCCUCUUCUUCAUCAUCAGAAUCAGAAGCAAAACCUGAACAAGAUAGUUCUUCUUCAGUUUUAACAUCAUCACCCAAAAGUACUAACAAAACAGGUCUUGGAUUUGGUUCUUCAUCAUCUUCUUCAAAUGAAACUAAUAAGAAAAAACCAGGUAAAAAUAGAGAAAGGGCAGCUGUAAUUCGUCGAACACCAUUGCAAAAACCAAGCUAUUUGUCAGAUAAGAAUAAGAAAGAAAAACAGGUUUCAGUAGAGCAGGGUGGGAUUGAAGGUGCUUUUGUUCUUACAUGGUUGGGUCUUGGUUCUCUCAUAAUUAUUGAAGGACUUACUCUUUCUGGAUCAGGAUUCUUACCAGAGGACUGGGAUAAAUUUAUAGUGAAGUAUGUGUAUCCAGUUUUCACCCCAACAGUCUUACUGUUCUUGGCUGGAAGUGUUGUAUAUGGAGUCGUGAAAUACUUCCAAAGUGAGGAAUCAAAAAAAGAAUAAAUUGGUUUUGCUGCGGGAUCUAGUUUCAUUCAACGGUUGCAGGCCAACACCGAGGGUCAAUGUCUGAGUAAAUAUCUGGUAUUAAUCAUACCUUUUUAACUUUAUUUUCUGUACCGAGAUAAAUGAAAUCUGUAUAAUGAUGACAUAAUAAAUAUAGAAUGAGUAAUUUUCUGAAAAUGAAACACCAACUCAGCUGUUCAA